AUGCUUAUAUUGGCGCUUUGGUAUUUCGCUGCUUUGCCUCUUUCGAACGCCGUCGAUCCCCUAGUCGACCUCGAUUACAGCCAAUACCGUGGGAUAGCUCGCGGAACUGGUGUCACCGAAUGGUUGGGCAUUCGGUAUGCUACUCCACCCACAGGAGACCUGCGCUGGAGGGCCCCACAGCCGCCGCAGCAUGAAGAUGGAGUUAUGGAGGCCGAUAGGAACCCGGAUGAUCCUACCACCUCAGAAGAUUGUCUAUUCCUCGAUGUCUACGCUCCAAGCAACGCUACUCCCUCUUCGAAACUCCCUGUCUAUUUGUUCAUUCAGGGAGGUGGCUUCAACGAGAACUCCAAUGCCAAUUACAAUGGCACGGGCUUGAUCAAGGCAUCUGGAAUGAACAUUAUCGUCGUGAACUUCAAUUAUCGCGUUGGACUAUUCGGAUUUCUUUCGAGCACAGAGGUUGUGGCCAAUGGCACCACCAAUGUUGGCCUACUGGACCAGCGGAUGGUCAUGAAAUGGGUACAGAGCUACAUAACGAGGUUCGGUGGUGAUCCGUCGCAUGUUGUCAUUGGGGGAGAUAGCGCCGGCGCUGCAGCCGUGCUUUAUCAUCUGAUGGCGUACGGCGGCCGUGACGAGGGCCUUUUCCAUGCCGCAGCUGCCGAAUCAUCGUCUUUCGGGAACAUGUUCAACGUGUCCCAAUCCCAGUAUCAGUACGAUACUAUCAUCGAAAGAGUCGGAUGUGGACACGACCAAGUUGAAGACACCCUCGGCUGUAUGCGCUCACUCAAUGCAUCAUAUCUGCAGAAGAACAACUGGAACAUUCCCUACCCUAACCUGGGAUCAGGAGCCAGCCCCCCGCUCUAUAUGUAUGGACCCACUAUAGACGGCGACUUUAUCACGGAUGACAGCUAUCGUCUUCUUGAGCAAGGGAAGUUUGUACACGUUCCAGUCAUAUUUGGGUGCCAAAUGGAUCAAUUCCUUCUGGAUCAGUUCAUUAUGAUGACACAAGAGCAGCUGAACAAAACAAAUGCCAUGUACCGACCUGCAGAGACGUAUCGAAACCAAGGCCCGUUGUGGCGUGCGCUCAGCAACGCGUACGGCGAGAUGAGGUACAUGUGUCCAGGUCAGGCCGUCGGCAGCGCAUUCAGUAGUGCUGGUACCUGGAUCUAUCGCUAUAACGUCAUGGAUCCACUCGAAAUGGAAGGGGGCCCAUAUAACGUCGCUCCCGGUUCCGCACCAGCAUCGUACUAUCCGGGUCAAUCAAACGCCGCGAUCAUUCCAAUCAUCCAGGGGUACUGGACGAGCUUCAUACGUACCUAUAAUCCGAACAUCUAUCGCCUUGCCGGGUCGCCAGAAUGGGUUCAGUGGAACGCAUGGGCGAAAGACAGACUCCUCUUCCAGACGAAUGCUACAGCUAUGGAGAUUGUUGAUUACGGACAGCAGGCGAGGUGUGCGUAUUUGCAGUCCAUAGGCGUUUUGACGCAACAGUGA